AUGGCGCAACCAGAAAUACCAACCUCAGAUAUGUCUCCGGCAAAUUUUGGGAUACCGACCCCACCGGCGAAUGAGAUUUCAGAUGGGAAGAAUCCAUUCUUCUCAAGCCCGGAUGUCUCGACCGAUAAAGAAGGGAAGAAUUCCAUCCUAUCCACUUCCCCUUCUACACAUGAUGCUGCUGAUGCUUCAUCAGAACCUACAACCCCUGAAAUUUUCGUCUACUCCCAAUCAAAAUCUCGGUAUUAUAUAAAAGAUCAAGCGUUAGUUCCGUUCCUGAUCGCGAAAAUAGCCGAAGAAAAUAAUAUUAAAUUACCAGAUUCUUCACCAUUUCAAUGUGGUGGAAAUUAUGGUGGAAAUUUACCAAUCUCCGCCCCCCCUUCUGUUUGUGAAUCCGUCUCAUCCCUUCCCGAUCUGUCAGAUUCCGCGUCCACGCCAAUCUCUCACGAGGAGGAUUCAUCAGAUUCGGUUACGUCGGAUCGGCCCAACGUGAUGUCAUCUUCCGUCACGUCAUCGGGCGCAGCAUCCGGUUCUAUCACGUCGCCUAUCAUCACAUCACCAUCAAGCAUCACCAAAACGUCAUACAGUGCCCGAGUUCUGCAAAGGCUUACCAACUCAUCAACCAAUGCCGCUUCGGGUCUUGUUGAUAAUAAGGAUCAUAAGGUCACAUCAGAUCAUGUUAAAAUCAAUGAAAAGGAAGAGGACAACAACAACACCACCAUAUCAUCAUCCAGAACUUCCAUAGUCAACGCCAUCGUUGCCGCCGCGGCCGCACCUAGAAUGAAGCAAAUUCCAAACCGAUCCAUUAGAAGAAGUAAGCGCAAAGGGAUUCCGUACAAGUCCCCAUGUCAUGAGGACUUGUUACGUGAACCUGGAUUCGUAUUUAGCUUUCCGGUCCUUUUCGGUAAUGCGAUACCUAAUCAAUUCGAAAGUGAGGGCAACGAUAAGAAUGAAACAACGGAGAGAGAGACCAAUACGGGGACGGGAUCACCCACCGUCGUUGACAAUGAGCCAUCAUCAGAAUCGUCACAGAAUUUAAAGAGUAAAGGCACAACGAUCAUGGAUCCAAUGCAACAUGUCACGAUCGAUCACAAGAAUCUUGCCGCAAAGAUAAUUCAUCGUCCUGUAUUAUUGCCAGAUAUCGUGCGUUCGUUAACUCAAGCAAGACGAUCAAAGAUGAGAAGACCCGUAACCAGGGCAAAAAACAGGAGAGAGAAUCAAGAAUUGGAGCUAUUGGGACUCGAACAUAUGAUGGAUUCUCCGAACGGAAAUGCGACGGCGGGUGAAGAAGGAAGGGUGAACCGAAAGCGACGCGUCCCUACGGUCGGUCGUCCCUCAAAAAAGCCAAAUUUGCUUUCAUCCGGUUCCCAAGCUCCCAGAUCGUCCAACUCCGGUGAGAAUAAGUCUCCUCGCGGUUCUUCUUGUUCUACAUCUCCUGCUUUCUACCGCAUUCCGUCCAAACGUCGUGAUUCUAUGUCUGUAUCAUCGCUCUCAUCUAUUCCUUCAUCAGAACUAAGUGAUUUUGAUCUUAAUUCAGAUAAUUUUGGGGAUGAUGAAGACGACCCAGAUUUCGCUCCUCCGGCUAAGAAACGAAAGCCGGAGUUGCAAAAGGGUCCAAAAGCUCCCGGUAGAAAAGAAUCUAGCAGCAAGGUAAAGGUUUGUGCCAGCUGUAGGACUAAAAGCACUCCGUGCUGGCGUCCGGGCUGGAGUACCGAUCUCAUGUUGUGUAAUAGCUGCGGAUUAAGAUAUAAGAAGACAAAGUGUGUUUGCACUAAUCCGGAAUGCAGAUAUAUUCCACUAAAGACCGAAUACAACGCGAUGCUUAAGAAACCAAAGAAUGCCGACGUACCUGACCUCAAACGGUGUUGCAAAUGUCAAACUCCAUUGUGA